AUGGAUGCAGCCGGAGCUUUGCGGCGCAGCUUCGCACGAGGCCGUCUGAGCGGCUCCCGCGGCGCGCGGGGCGGGCGAAGCGCCAGCUCCGUGGCGCCCUUUUGGCCCACAGAGCUGGACGCGUCCAUCUCGGAUGGCUCCAUCCUGGGCGCCAAGAGCGGCUCUUUGGGCUCUUUGGGCUCGGGCUCCAGGCCUCUCGGGCUGCGAGCUGGGCAUGUGGCCUUGGGCGGCGAGCUGGCCGAGUUCGCGGGGAGACAGCCUACAGCUCUUCGGCUAACAGAGAUCCUGGCCAUGAAGACGCAAGAAGGGCUGCGCUCCAUCCUGCAGGAGGAGCUGCCAGUGCGACUGGCCAACCGCAUCGCCCACCUGGACAACCUGCCAGACUUGGAGGCGGUGCGGGACAUCCGCUCCGUGCGUCAAGACUUCGCGGCCGCCUUCGAAGAGGUCCGGACAGCCACACCCGAGAACUUCGCCGGGGUCAUCCGGCGCUUCAAGAAGCGCAACGAGGACCACGCGCUGCGCUUGACCCAGGGGAUGAAGGCCUGGGGCGAGCUGCAACGAGGCAAAGGUCAGCCCGAAGAGACCCGCGCGUUCAUCGACAGCUUCCUGGAUCGGCUGUUCCUGUCGCGCAUCGGCAUGGAGACGCUGACCUCGCAGUACCUGGCGCUGUCCACCUGCCCCGACGGCAUCGUCGACCUGAGCUGCGACCCCUGCCAGGUCUGCGCCAGCGCGGCCAAGCAGGUCUCCGACGUGGCAAGUGAGUACUUGGUGACGGUCCCAAAGAUCGAGAUCUCCUUUCAUGGAGAUCAAAGCGCUCGAACCUUGCCACUGAUCCCGCACUACUUGUUCUACAUUGUUGCAGAGCUCCUGAAAAACAGCUUGCGAGCCGUGGGCGAGCUGCACGAGUCCGGCAGCGGCAACUUGGAGCCGGUGCAGAUCCGGGUGGCCUCCGACGAGUCCCAGGUCGCACUGCUCAUCAUGGAUCGCGGUGGAGGAAUUCCCUUUGAACGGCAGCCCCAUGUGUGGAGCUACAUGUAUUCUACCGCCAGGGGGAAUCGGAUGUGCAAGCAGACCGGGCAAAUUCUAGAUGAGGGCGAUGAGCAGCCAUCGCCCUUCUUCGGGUACGGCGUGGGCUUGCCGCUGUCGCGAUUGUAUGCUGAGUACCUGGGCGGUUCCCUUCAUUUGAUGAGUAUGCCAAACUUUGGGACUCAUGCCUACCUCUUCCUGCAGCAGAGUUCGGAUCGGGCCGAAGCCCUUCCAAACUAUGUCAACUGGCUCCGGAAGAAGAAGCUCCGCGAGGACAUCCAGGUCUAUGAGGCCCAGGAGAAGCUCGCGGCAGCUUCCAGGGAUUAUGCGGAAGCGCUUCGCUUUAAGAGCCUAGCGGCUGAAGCUGAGAUGGAGCUCACAGGAUUGGAGCGCUCGCAGCUCUGA